GCGGCAGAGGCCGGCCGGGUGGCGGCCAUGGACCGCUUCGUGUGGACCAGCGGCCUCCUGGAGAUCAACGAGACCCUGGUGAUCCAGCAGCGAGGAGUGCGCGUCUACGACGGCGAGGAGAAGAUAAAAUUUGAUGCUGGGACUCUUCUCCUUAGUACACACCGGCUGAUUUGGAGAGACCAGAAAAACAAUGAGUGCUGCAUGGCCAUUCCCCUAUCGCAGAUUGUGUUCAUCGAGGAGCAGGCGGCUGGAAUUGGGAAGAGUGCCAAAAUCGUGGUUCAUCUGCACCCAGCCCCUCCUAACAAAGAACCCGGCCCAUUCCAGAGCAGUAAGAACUCCUACAUCAAGCUCUCCUUCAAAGAGCAUGGUCAGAUCGAGUUUUACAGGCGUUUAUCAGAGGAGAUGACCCAAAGAAGAUGGGAGACAGUGCCAGUUUCCCAGUCACUACAAACAAAGAAAGGACCCCAGCCAGGAAGAAUAAGAGCUGUUGGAAUUGUAGGCAUUGAAAGGAAACUUGAAGAAAAAAGGAAAGAAACAGACAAAAACAUUUCUGAGGCCUUUGAAGACCUGAGCAAGCUGAUGAUCAAGGCUAAGGAAAUGGUAGAGUUAUCAAAAUCGAUCGCUAAUAAGAUUAAAGAGAAGCAAGGCGAUGUCACAGAAGACGAGACCAUCAGGUUUAAGUCGUACUUGCUGAGCAUGGGAAUAGCCAACCCAGUCACCAGAGAAACCUAUGGCUCAGGCACACAGUACCACAUGCAACUGGCCAAGCAGCUGGCCGGGAUAUUGCAGGCUCCCUUGGAGGAGCGUGGGGGAAUAAUGUCACUCACAGAGGUGUACUGUUUAGUGAACCGAGCCCGAGGAAUGGAGUUGCUCUCACCAGAAGACUUAGUAAAUGCAUGCAAGAUGCUGGAAGGCCUGAAACUGCCUGUCAGACUCCGGGUUUUCGACAGUGGUGUCAUGGUAAUUGAGCUUCAGACUCACAAGGAAGAGGAAAUGGUGGCCUCGGCCUUAGAGACGGUUUCCGAGAGGGGAUCCUUAACAUCAGAAGAGUUUGCCAAGCUUGUGGGAAUGUCUGUCCUUCUGGCUAAAGAAAGGCUGCUUCUUGCGGAGAAGAUGGGCCACCUUUGCCGAGAUGACUCUGUGGAAGGCUUGCGGUUUUAUCCAAAUUUAUUUAUGACACAGAACUAAGAAUCCCGUACUUGAAAUAUUUUUUGUCAAUAUGCUUACAUUAUGCCAACAUCUCAUGACACUGAGUUAAGAGAUAAACUCAAAUAAACCAAGAAUUUAUUAGAACCUCA